CAACAAUCAUCACAUAUUAUUGGGCAUUUUCCCAUUGUAAUCGAUCCACCUUUUUCACCUUUACUUUUCUUUUUCUUGGUUUUUCGCUGUGAAUCCCUCAUUGCUGUAUAACGAAUGGCGAGUAUGCACUAUGUGUCCACUUUCUUAGGCACUUUGCUGGCCACGGUCUAUGCGGCUCCGGUAGUAGCAGCACCCAUAUCCAGUUCCUCAGUCGCAUCCAUCGCUUCAUCUUCCACUUCCUUAUCUACUUCUCCGUCCCCUUCUCCUUCUCCUUCUUCUUCUUCUUCUUCUUCUUCGGCAUCAAUGCACAUUGUUUCCGGCUCUGUAUAUCAUCUCACGGCUACUGGCAAAAGCACUGAUCUUGAUGAUCUCAACUUUUCGGACCUGUUUGGCUCAACAACGCCUACAACAACUGAUAGCCGUUCUUUCGCAACUUCAACCUCUGAUUGUCAAACAUGCACAAGUCCCACUGUGAUGGAAACUGGGGCACCCGUCUCCACGUCCACCCAUGUUUCGAAUGAUAAACUUCCGAGUGGAUUGAGCAAAAGGCAGCUGGGUGCUAUUGUCGGAGGAUCGGUGGGUGGAGUCCUUCUUAUAUCAGUGAUUGUAUUGCUCAUCUACUUGCGGCGGCGCAAACCAAAAUUUGAGCGUGGACGAGGCAUCACCCCCUCGAUGGUAUUCAGCGACACAGGCAGCAAAGGCAACAGUUCAUCUCUUUCCGUGAGCCAACGCCACAGUACUUACUCGUUUACCACUCCCGAAGCGGCCUUUGGAUCGCACAACUAUACCCCCACGAAUCCAUCUCGAAACACGACCGCAGCAUUGGAUAGAAUGUACAAUAUUAAGCGAUACAAUACCACCCGCGAAAGUGAAGCAACCCUGAACGGGGCACGGCUUUCGAAAUACAACUAUCUUGCUCAAGCACUAUCGCAGAUGCGUGCCUCUUCGUAUGCAGUGGAUGGAAACCAACAAUUGGUGGUCCCCGACAUGACCCAUCAGCGUUCGCCCAACCACCGAGAGCUGGAUUUUCAGGCGGCGCUAUCCUCGCCUUCAUCCCAUAAGCAACAUGCAUCCUCUCGCGAACUCCCUUUCAGCAGUAUGAUCAAUAAUCACCGAGUCGAAUCUACAGCAAGAGCAACCAAUCCGGCCUCCUCUCACCCCAUGCCACCUCGUAUCACCCUGCUAAAUGAUAAUAACGAGUGCGAGGACAUUUUGAACCCAGAGAACGGUAUUUACGAUCUCCAUCGAUCACCACUGUCUGGCAAUUCGGAAAUGGCAUCAAUAUCCAGAAAUACAAGGCACGCACCCGCCCUCUCCUCCGCGGAAAAACCCUAUACUUAUUUUUAGUCAAUUACAUCGUAAAUAAUGUCUUCUCUCCCGCUGUCCGGAAAAGGCGUCCUUGCUUUCCUCUUGCGCUUUCAACAGCGCACUCUCCUAUGUGAAUAGUCCUAUUGUACACUAUGUUCCUAUUAUCAUUGAUUUAUUUAUCUAUGUUACACAAUACUACGCUUUUACGGCUAUACUAAAACCUGGAGAUCCAAAGGUUGCUUUCCUAAUUACUUGUGCGCAAUUAAGCUGUGUUGAGUGUAAUGAGCUAUUGUUAGCUUGAUUAACGCUGUUAAAAAACACGUAUUAGUGUCCAUACAAUGAACUCUCUUUCUUUCUUUUGAAAGCCAAGCGUCACCGGACAGCAGCGGACACCAGGUGAGGCAAAUUCCCAAAAUAGAAAUUCUUUUUUUUUUUUUUCCAGUAACGCAG